AUGCAAGGAGUUGGGGUUGGAAGCGUUGAAGGAGCACUUCAAGAACUCAAAGUUCCCAUGCGAAGAAUAGACCACUAUCUGCCAAUUGUUUUUUAUCCUCCUCGGGGAGGCAACAGACGAAGCCUCUCCUCAUUAUUGGCCUCGAGCAACAUCAACAGCCCAUCAAUAUUAUUCUUGGUCACCCCGCCAAUUGCACCCACCAUGAGAUUUGACGGUAUAGGUCAUGAUCUCAAGUGCUAUAGCAAGUAUCAGCGGAAGCGGCAGCGGUAUUGGGUGGCAGCAGCUAGCAUAGUCUUCUCAGAGCGCAGAGGAGAGGAUAUUAUCUCCUGCAAAAAUGGGGACUUGAAAGAUAGGGCGGCAACAAAGGCUUCCAUGCUCCGAGAGAAUGUAGAUGCCAAAUCCCCGCCCGAAUAA